AUGACUGAACAACAAGACGACGACGUUGUCGAUAACAACUCUGAUAAUAAUUCUGACAAUGUGUUCAAAUUUACGCCAGAUGCCCUUAGACCGGCCUCUACCACGCCAAUUGCUCAACAAAUAACACCGUAUCUUCAUUUUGCAUCACAAGACCUCGGGAAAUUGUUCGCACAACCAUCGGCAAAUGUAGAGAUUCCCUCGCUCACCUCUCAAGAACAACCAAGCGAACAACAUUCGCAUUCUCCAUUGUUUCGGAAAAUAGCGAGACCAAUACCUCCUUCACUCAAUACGAACUUUACCCCAGUGCUAAAUAACAACACAAAUACAAGCUUUGCCAUGAACAACAAUUUUAUCGGCAUGACAUACUCUCCGUCAGAUAUUCCCGAAUCCUCUCAUCGCCGAAGAGACAGCAAUGUAUCGGCGAUGUCGAUUCAGAUGUACGACACUCCUGGCCAUCAACGCCGUGAUAGCAAUGUAUCUGCGAUAUCCAUGCAACUGGACACUCCUACUUCAUUGAGUGAGAACGAAUCAGGCAACGAAGAAGACAACAUUGGUUUUACCAUGAACAGUAACAAUGGCAAUAUGUAUAAUAUUAGUACCAACAAAACGACAUUUGCAUUCCCGUUUCCAUUUAUCCAAAAACCACUUUCACGUCCGGGAACACCUACGACAGCUCCAUCCACUCCUCCAAAGUAUCCACUUGCGUCACAAGUAAUAAGAUCAAAUCUCUCUCUAUCCGGUAUGCCACAAUUGAUGAGAAGAAGCAGUAUGAGCGAUUUGAAUGUUGAGAGUAGUUCAUCGGGCGGUAUGUUUUCAGACUCCCGAAGCGAGAAGCCGCUACCUGUUCAGCGGCCUGUCAGAGCCAGAAGAGCUUCAUUAUUGCCAAAGACAAAGUCAUUCACGCGUGUUGCAAACGAACUGCAAGAAGAAGCUCGCCCGAUAGAGGCAGAGAUUAAGCAGGAAUACAAGACAACCAAAGUACUCAAGAAUGAACUAGAAAAAGUACUUGACCUUAAUCAAAGACAUCCCGAGGAACUGGUCGCCAACUGGCUGAAUUUAAAAGAUAUACAACUUUCACUGCCUUACUCAAAAUUGAAUCCCGAGGUUGACAUGACGUAUCGACAAGACACAACAUCACCUACGCAGACUAGUAUUGGUCCAUGGCCGGUUAGUGGGCGAAUAAAGCGAAAAGCUUCAGAUGAAUCACAUUUUAAUCCAAAGCGGCGUGCGGUAUCCCCCAGUCAUAUUGGCAGCCCGUCGACACUAUCGUCUCCAGUAGCGAACUCUCCUCCCUCGAUGGCCGGAUCAUCGGGAUCAGCUCCGUCCACUCCAUCUCAUAAUAUUUUCAUGAAGGAUUGGCUAUAUAAGAAUUUUCAUAAUCAUAAUAACGGCAAUAAUGAUGGAAGCAGCAAUAGUAGUAACGCUAAUGUCAAUGCCGAAACUAGUGUUAAUUCCAGUGCCAGCACAAGUGCAAGUACAAGCGCGCGUGUUAAUAUGAACGCUGCUAACGCCAAUACCAACGCCAAGAUUGAAGAGGACAAUGAGAAUAUGGAAAGUGAUAGUAAUAAUGUUGACGGCAAUAACGUAGAGACCAAUGAAGAUGAUGGCAAUAGGAAAAACAAUGUCGUGAACAUCCAUGAUACAAAUCGUAGGUUCAGCACGAUGAGUUUAAACGAAGAAUAG